AUGUGGAGACACGCGUUUAAAAGUUUUCAAACAGAAAGCAGCCGGAGCUUGCUUCGACUAGCUGGCUCGGCUCGUCAAACUUCAACCACCCCUAACUUUUCUCCAGAAGAGAUCAAGAAAUCCAUUUCCUGGCUCGAAAAAUUCUCCACAUCAACCAUACCAAGACACCACUUUCAAAUAGCCUAUAGCCGGUCAUCGGGCCCCGGCGGCCAGAAAGUCAACAAAACCUCUUCCAAGGCCACGGUGUCGCUAGAGCCGGGACAAUGGUUGGACCCUGGUGUCUGCUAUUGGAUCCCGAUGCCAGUUCAAGCGCAACUCAAGUCCAAGGGAAUCCGAUACGCUACAAAGAGCAAUGGCCUAAUCAUACAGAGCGACACAAGCCGAAAUAGGGACGAAAACACCGAGCAGUGCUUCCAGCGGUUGGUGACGGAGAUCAAGUCCACUGUCUAUUUUGCAGGAGAGGCAAAAGAUGAAGACAAACUCAAGUGGGCCCAGCUUGAGGAGAGCUUUAAGGAGCGGAAAAAAUUCAACAAGAAGAAACAAUCGGAAAAGAAACAGUCGAGGUCAAAGAAGUUUGAUCUAUGA